AUGAACCCCUUCGACUUCGAAGCAUAUAAACGGGCCGAUAUCUACGCUCUGGGCAAGAUCAUCUGGGAGGUGCUAGUUUGGGGACAGCGGAAUCUCGCCCUCCGUGGCGCCGAAGAUCAACCCAAGGCCACUAAAACGUUCUCCCUUAACUCCGCCGACCUGUCUGCGCACGGACAUCGCCACUGGACACCUCUGGCUGGACCCGCAGUCGCCGAAGACUGGGGUCCGCAUUCCAGCGUCUUCAAGGCCAUCGUCUCCGAACCGCACGUGACUGAGAAGUCAUCACAUAGGACAUCACUGGAACACUUGGAGAACUCUGGCAACGAAUCGCAACUCCAGCCGGUGCCUCCGCUUCCGAUGGGGAUGUAUAUGCAACCUGCAGUUGGCCCGGCCGAGACGGGCAUACCAGGCUCCUGUAGGCCGCUCCAGGGGCCUCCCUCGGGUCAAUGGCCUUCAUUCUCUUUCACUUCGCGCUCCUCAUUCCAUGAUACAGCUGCGAACCUCAGGUUCUUCCAGCUACCCCACGCCCGUCCCGGCGCCUUUUGUUGCUUUUGGUUUAUUUAUGAGUCCAGUCCUAUCGCUGGAAAAGCCGGCGUCCCGCAUUGA